UGUUGCUUUGACCAGGCUGCUUGCUUUAGAACACAGAAAUGGCUUGUGGAGUUCAUUUGGGGAUCUUGCUGAUUUGUUUAAUUGAAGCAGAGCAUGUGCUUUGUUUGUGGGUUACACAAGCUCAGGGACAAAACAGCAACACAAAUGUUGGCUUCUCUCAAAAGGGUAGUGGAUUUGGUGGCAGCGAUCUCCAGAAUCAACUCAGACAGGUCUCUGGUUCUCAUGGCUCAGCCCAGAGCAGCAGCUUCAACACUGAAGUUAGCAGUGGUUAUAGCCAGAGAUUUCCCAGUAGUGGCAAUACACAAGGUGUUUCAGAGGCAGCUAGAAGGGGCUAUGCUUUAGUCAGGUUUAUGCCGAGCAACUCGAAGUCAAAACCUAACCGGCCAAAGACUAGGUUGAGUCAUGAAAAUGUGCAGAAGAGGCCAAAUGACUUUGGCCUUUCUACUAAUAUUGCUAGUGGUAAUUCAAUCAGUAGGUAUCGUCAAUCUCCGCUUAGCGGGGAGAGAACUUGGCCAGUUCAGCAGGGUACACCAAGUACUAGCAACUAUCAGAGUCUUCGAGAAAUCUACGCCUUCAAACCUGCCUCCCAUCAGUCGGCAGCACAGAAAGCUUCCAGCCUAUCUAGCACAGGUGCUGCUGAGCCACACAGAAUCCCUGCCCGGACGAAAACAUCAGCCAGUGCCUCUGCUACAAGAGUGUCUUCACAUCGUAGCUCUGAAGCAUCUAAACCUUCCCAUUUCCCGUCUCUCCAAAAUGAGGUAACUAGAAAUAACCCCAGCCAGACUGAGGCUGGGAACCAAUACCCAAGCAAACUGUUUGACCAAGGACCCUAUAAGCCUGCUUCAGCGUCCCACAUGGCCUCAAGCCUCCAAAGUUAUAGUCGGUCUCUUCCAGUGUCCAACAAACAUAGUGCUCCUGCUGGUUUCAACCCGAGCAGUGGAAAUACUCUCACAAGCUACACCUCCACUGAGCAAGUCCCCAGCAGUAUGCGUUCUCUCCAAACAUCCUGGAACAGCAGAAACUCGGCGCAGGGAGCUCGUAACCUCCCUGCCUCUAGGACCAAGAGUGUAGGGAUCUCUGAUCAGCGCUUCCCCCUGACCAGAAUCUACAACAUCCCUCAGCGCUUUGGUGGCUACGCUAUCAUACGGCUGAAAAAAACUGCUGACCAGAAGGAAGUGAGUGUCGGGCAGCAGCCGCCCUACGUGGUCCCCCAGCAGCCCUACGUGGUCCCCCAGCAGCCCUACGUGGUCCCCCAGCCGCCCUACGUGGUCCCCCAGCCGCCCUACGUGGUCCCCCAGCCGCCCUACGUGGUCCCCCAGCCGACCUCUGCUCAGCAGCAGGCCUACGUGGUCCCCCAGCCGACCUCUGCUCAGCAGCAGGCCUACGUGGUCCCCCAGCGGCCCUCUGCAUCUUACAAGACACGGGUCCAGAGUGUUCAUCCAGUGGCCAGAUGGCUCAGGAUCCCUUCAUUUAUGGGAAAGUAGCAGGUGCAGCAGGUGUCCUGGGAUGAAUGAUUAGUGUUUUAAAAAAUAAAAGCUUUUUAAUUUUCA